AUGCCCGGGCGCCGGCGCCUUCCAGCGGGGUCGCGAACCGACCUUCCGCCACUGAAGAUUAUUCGCAAGAUCAUCCUUCUCCAGUUUGCCUAUUAUGUCUGUGCCACGGUUCUCAUCCUCUUCACCACGGUCGUAUAUGGCGCGCCCUUCUCGCUAGACCUGAUUUUUGGAUGGGACUACCUGAGAGGAGACACGACAGUUGGAUGGAUGCUGGGGCUAGUUUGGAUGUUGAACUGCUUCAUUAGCGUAAUUUUUCUUCUGCUUUUCGUCUCCCGCUCCAAGCUGGUUCCCGAUUUCGCCCUCACGAUUCACCUCCUUCACCUCGUUGCCACCAUCCUCUACACCCACUCUCUCCCCAUGAACCUACUCUGGUGGGGACUGCAGUGUGCCAGCGCCGCCAUGAUGACCUUCGGAGGCAUGUGGGCAUGCCAGCACCGUGAGUUGAAGCCGAUUGCCUUUGGCGGACUCGGCGGUAGCAGUCAAACGAACUCGUCCUCGCAACAGCCCUCAGACGACCAAGCCGAGUCAAGCUUCGGACGUGGCCGCGGCCGGGAGCGUAGUCUUCAGGACUACGAAAUGGAUGAGAUGAAGGCGACGGGCGAGCACGCUGUAUGA